AUGGAAGGGGAGGGCGUGAAGUUGAAGCCAGACGUGGUCAAUCUACAACGCUGGAAUCAGCGCGUGCGAAAAAGGUUGGCAAUGGCGACAGGCACUGUCGCUGCUCAGCAAGAUUCGAAAGGCGAAGCUGGAGCCCGAGUCAGUUACAACACUGCGAUCACUGCAUGCGAUAAUCUCGGGCAGUGGCAGCAGGUUCUGGUGCUUUUCAGGGAGUUGCUGGAAGAUAAAUUGAAGCCAGACGUCAUCAGCUACAGCGCCACAGUGAGCGCGUUCGAGACAGGUGGGAAAUGUGAGGAAGCGCUGGCACUGUUCAAGCGGGAUUCCAGUCUCAACAGCUGGAUUGUAAGUUGUCGCAGCGGCGGUUAA